CAUCCUAUUGGCUCGGGGUGCUUCCGGCUUCUUCCUCUUAGACGAGAUUAACAGGACGGACCAAAUCAAUACCACAAUGAGUAGCUAAAUAUUUGGAUUAGACAGCCGGUAAACGUACCUCUUUAGACAGUUUUACCCUGCGCCUCGACGUGUGGCAUCGCGUUAACCGUGUGGGAUUAACCGGGAACUACCGGCCGCCAACUAAUUCGCAGUCGCCUAUUUUGUCCAGAAGCGGAUCGCAGCCAUGAUGGCGUCAAGCUACAACGCGAAGGAAGAGGACGGGCACCACUCGGGUGCCUCGAAUAACGGCGGCGCGGGGGUCGUGAAAAGCAAAAAGCCGGACAACACCGCGUUCAAACAGCAGAGACUCCCGGCCUGGCAGCCCAUCCUGACCGCGGGCACCGUGCUGCCGGCUUUCUUCGUUAUCGGUCUUAUCUUCAUACCCAUCGGCAUCGGCCUGUACGUCACUUCAAACAACAUCAAAGAGUACGAGAUUGAUUACACUGGUGCAGACAUUAACGAUGCAUGCUACAACUGUGCCAAGAACUUCAGCUGGAACAGCACAACACCAUGUCUCUGCUCUGUGCCCUUCACAUUGGAGCAGCCAUUUGAGAGCAACGUCUUCAUGUACUACGGCUUAUCCAACUUCUAUCAGAACCACAGACGCUAUGUGAAGUCCAGGGAUGACAGCCAACUGAAUGGUGACCGGUCUGCUUUAAAGAACCCCAGCAAGGAAUGCGAACCGUAUCGCACAAGUGAAGGAAAGCCCAUCGCUCCAUGUGGGGCCAUAGCUAACAGCCUUUUCAAUGACACUCUGGAGCUGUAUCAUAUUGAUUCCAAUGGCACCAGAAAUGCAAUUCCUCUGGUAAAGAAGGGAAUCGCGUGGUGGACAGACAAACAUGUUAAGUUCAGGAACCCCGGUGGAAACAGCAACCUCACUGUAGCCUUCCAAGACACAUCCAAGCCGGUGAACUGGAGGAAGCCAGUGUUCGAUUUGGACCCGUCAGAUCCUGAGAACAACGGCUUCAUCAAUGAGGACUUCAUUGUGUGGAUGCGCACCGCUGCGUUGCCCACCUUUCGCAAGCUCUAUCGCAUCAUCCAGAAGAAGCCGAGCACGACCCCGACUCUCCCCAGUGGCAAAUACGUCUUGGAAAUCACUUACAAUUAUCCUGUGCGCAGCUUUGAUGGUCGCAAGCGGAUGAUCUUGAGCACCAUCUCCUGGAUGGGUGGGAAGAACCCGUUCCUUGGCAUUGCCUACAUCACUGUGGGCUCCAUCUGCUUCUUCCUGGGUGUGGUUCUGCUCAUCAUCCACCAUAAAUAUGACACCCGCAACAACAGUGCAGAUAUUCCAAGCUAAACUGUCCUUGUACCACGUUUCCCUGUCUACGCAUGCAUGGUUGUUCUGGACUGAUUGUUGACUUUAGUGUGAAUACACUGGUUUCUGUUAUUGUCGUGCGUUUGUGUAAAGACGGCAUUGUCUUAAGUGUCUCAUCAAAAGCUGUGAUUUUUGUGAAGGGCAACUAAGGCAAAAGCAGGAUGAUAGAGUAUGUCUCUGUACAUAUAGCUUCAAAUUAGCUACUGGAAUGUAAUUUCCUGUAAAUGUAUUUAUCUUCUAUUUAUCUAUACACCAUCAAUGUAUGUGUUUUAUUUUAGCAAGGCUUUGCGAAUGGCUCCUUUGCUGAAGGAUGUAUGUAUUUUUAAUGCAACUUUGGUCCAUUUUAUGUACUGUAAUAUGUCCUGCUGAUGAAUGUAUCAUUAUAUUUAAUUGACAUACCUCUGGUUUUUGAGAUUACCUUGAAUAUAGGAUGGUAAAGUCAUUGCUUGUGUGCCGUUGAUCACGGUAAGCAAGCACUGAUAUUUAACAUGAAGUAUUUUAUAAGUAGUGGCCGUUUACCCUCUGCCGUGACUGGUUGUAUAAAGAGACUAUACUAGUCGUUAAUCUGAUGCUUGUUAAUGAUGGAAACAUGAUCUCACACCACCAUAUCAAGUGCCCUCAAUGUUCGUAAGGCUUCGGGCAUUGUCUUAAUCAGGUUAGAACACAACAAUGAUUUAGUUUUUACAAUUUUGGCCUAGAUUAUCUUGCGUUCUUCAAUGUUGAACAAAUCAUAUGCACUUUAAAGUGUCACAUUUGUUAGUUUGUUACUUUACUUAAUCUUCUGUUAUAUUAUUGCAUUCUUGAUUUAUUAAAUACACUUUGGAAGCCCA